CAUAUUUUGUCCUAGAGCUCUUAUCCUCGUCCAUCCAGCCCUGCACUUUUCCCUAGAAUGGUAUGCCCCGGCAUGAGCCUAUUGAGCCUGCUGAUGCGAUACGUCUCCUCUACACCCUGGACGCUCAUAUUAUUUUCGUCGGCACUCUGCAAAGCCUCGAAUGUGGAUUGGAUGAAGAUGUAGGAUACAGCUCUAAAAUGAUGCUAUACAUAGAUAGUGUAUGUUCUAUCAUGUAGACUAGUCACUGUAUAUUUUUGAAUUAGGCUACAGUUGUCUUGUGUCUGGCUACGUUGGAUUACCUGGAGUAGCUAGAAACAUCCGUCGCGCCUCAAAAUGAGGGAUGCUGAACGAUUCGGAUGAGUCGUUUUGGGGCAAGAUGCGGACAGAAUGGCUGGGGCAGUGCUUCGUAGGAUGCUGAGGCUUUGUGAUGGUGGAUUCUUGUGGAUGGGAAAUGCUCCCUGAUCUUCCCUGCCCUACUCCUCCCUCUCCUGAAAACCCCAAUCCCUCCAUCUCUCGUUCUCACUUUCUCCAUCACUCCAUCACUCUCUGGUCUCCAUGACGUCCACGCUGCAAACGCUGGCGCUCAAGCUGGCCCCGCCCCCUCAGGACCUUAACCCUGAGCGGUUGGACGGCUGCGAGGAGACGGGCCGGCGGUACAAAGUGGUUCCCUCCAUCGUGUGCUCCAUGUGUUGCCUCUUCGGCAUCAUCUACUGCUUCUUCGGGUACCGUUGUUUCAAAGCGGUGAUGUUCCUGACGGGCCUGAUGUUCGGCUCCAUCGUCAUCUUCAUGUUGUGUUAUAAGGAGCACGUCCUGGACACCCAGCUCAGUGUUGAGGCCUCUGUGGGCAUCAGCCUGGGCAUCGGCACCCUCUGCGGCCUGGUCACCAUGCUGGUUCGCUCCGUGGGUCUCUUCAUGGUGGGUCUCCUCCUGGGCCUCUUGGUGGCUGUGGCUACCCUGGUGGGCAUGGAGGAGCUGUCGAACAGCCCCCCGCGGUCGGUCUGGGUCCCCCUGGGGGUGCUGCUCGGCCUGGGCAUGCUGUUCGCCGUUCUCACCCUCCAAUGGCAGCGUUUCUUCACCACCGUGUCCACGGCCGUGUUCGGGGCGGCGGUGAUCACCGUGGCGCUGGACUACUUUGUGGAGCUGUUUGCCCUGGUGCUGUACCUGUAUGAGAGGGUGAAAGCGGCGCCCAGAGGGAGACCCGUCUGCUGGAUUACCUGGGUGGUGCUGGGGGUGUGGCCUGCUCUGGCGCUCCUGGGGGUGCUAAUACAGUGGAAGGUGACAGCAGAGGGAUACUCCCACACCAAGGUGAUAAUCAGUCGUCAGCAGCGGCGGGUCCAGCUGAUGCGUAUCCGUCAAAAGGAGGAGCGGAGGGACCGCAGCAAGAAGAGGAAGAAUAAGCAACAGAGAGACUCCACCCACAGCUCUCACCCUCCCAAACCCCUGCACCCCGAGCCCGCCUAUCGCAGGAAACCCAACCCUAUACGACGAUUUGACGGGGACGUCCUAUCGCCUAGUUACAUCCAGAGUUUCCGGGACAGGCAGGUGGAGGCCAGGCCGUAUCCUGGAGGGGGCAGACUGAUGGGGGGAGGAGGGGCUCACACCAAUGUGGAUGUGGACUAUGACUGUGGCUCCACCACGCCCCUCACUGCAGCUGCAGGCCCYUUACUACGAGUCUGAACACUCCCCCAACCACUGGUCCAACCACACCCCCAAUGAUCUGGCAGCCACAUCACACCCCCAAAAGGUGUGACCAUACCCACAACCCACCUGGGCUGCAGUAUGGAUCUGACCACACCCCUAAAUGGUGUGACCACACCCCCAAAGGCCUGUAUUGCAGUAUAGGUCUGACUGACCACUCCCCCACCACAAUGCUGGAGCCAAUCAGAGUAUGUGAAUAGUAAAGGCCUGAACUCCUUUUUCUGUUUCACACACACACCAGCCACAUGCAUGAAAAUACUGUACACACAUCCACACACACUGCAGUGGAACUGGAUCUGGUGAAAAGAGAGAGAAAUACAGGGCCUCUAACUGGAUGGAUAGAUGUUACCUGAGGCUUCUCUCUCCAUCCAGCCUCCAGCCAGUCUCCAUCAGGACACAGUUUAAAGAAGCAUGGCUCAGGUUUCAAACGAGGCAUCGUUUUACCACGGACACCGGAAUACAAUCCUCUCUCUUCAGGAUUUUGAAAGAUUCAACUUAAAGUCUGUCUACUACUCGGCAGUCUUCAUUCCUCAAAUCAUUCUCUGUCGUCAACAGGCAGUUCCUUUUGUACUGCAUUUCUACGGUUCCAUCCUUCUAUGGAGUUGGGACRUUCUGAUGAGAACUGACUAGUAAUAAACCCCCCUGCUCUGUGCCAUGCCAGCCCGACAACAGAUCACCUCCUGGGAAGAAGAAUACGUGUCUUUUUAAGAGGAAGCAUUAUGCAUUCUUGGUGCUGGACGAUAUCCUUCUUUGGAAAGCAGUUUGAACUCCCCCUUCUUUAAAUGAAGUUGGGAGAUCCGGUUGAUUUAUGGGUGCCUUGUGACUGCCCUUACUUGGACUGUACCACUCAGCAGUGGGAUAGGGGUUAUUGGCAGUGGUCACUGACUGAGAGAUGUGAGCGACUAUAUGAUAACAUGCUAUAUUAUUAUAGUGACAGACAACAAAGUUGUUGCGAUAGGAAUGAGGGUAGGCCUAUGUCUAGCAGAGGAGCAACAGUGACCCAAUCAGGGAGCAAGCAAGGAAACAGUGGAUGGUGAUUGGUCUAACCUGCCCUGGGCUCUAUCAAAAGGAACCCUACAGGAAGUCAGCACAGGGUCAGCAAGAGGAAAAUAAAGAGUUCAAAACAGAAAGGGGUCAGAAUAAACGAUCGACCAAUACAACGAGAGUAWUGACCACUCCCCAUCCACUCUACAGAGAGGACCGUUCAGGUCACAGAGGAUCGCCUACAUAUAGAUAGACCCCUACAUAAUGUGCAUUGGCUUUUCAAUAUGGUUCAUAACAUUCUGUCUAUCGUGUAUCAGUAAAUGACAUGACAUCUAUGGUUUAUUGUUGUCUUUGACUCAGACUGUGAAAGGGACUGUGAGUGUGAAACACAACACGUGAUAAUAUAAUACAGGCGUGAUGUUAUUAUUAUUAUUAAUAUUAUUAUUAUUAUUAUUGCCCCAUUGGGCUGUGGGUCGGGACAGGGUAUGAGAAUCAAAGUUAUUUUCCCAGAAUCUUCCAGGGGAAACCUACCUGGCUGCAUGACUCAGUGGUUCCUUCCUGUUCCUGUCCCCCUCUCUUAUCUGUCUCCCGUGGCUUUGUCCUCCUCACCUCACCAGACAGUGGUUCCUAUCCCCUCUAGUCUGGUCACCCCACAUCUAACAACCACGUGCAGAGUUCGUUAAACACUUCUCAUGAAUAGCUUCUUAAUAAUGCAUUAUAAGCACAUGUAUAAUGCCUUAUGAGCUAUGUAUAAUGCACUAUAAUGCAUAGAGAUUAAAUUGAUAUUCAUGAGCACUUAUUAUGCGCUUAUUUUACAUUAUGAAGAGCAUAUUCAUAGGAAGUGUUAGCAAAUUAGCCUGAGUGCCAGUCUUGUUUAAUCCAUCAUUUCAACUCCUUACCAUGACAAUGAGUUGGCAUGGUAGCACAAACAGAUCUGGGACCAGGCUAURACAGAGUUGUCCAUACAGCACAAACAGAUGUGUAACUCUCCACUAGUGUGUAUUCUUCUGAUCUUCUGUUUUGUACAUAAACAACACUCUAUUUUUUACCAUUUAUCUGUAUUUGAUUGUUUKUUUUUUCUUAUGGAUUUAUUUUAGGAUAUUUGAUUUUAUUU